CGACCAGCAGUGAACGAGUCGCAGGCCGAGCAGGAGAGCAACGAGCAGUCCGUGAGCCUUGACUGGAGGGCAAGCAAGGGACUGGAGAGGCCGGAUGACCAACGAGAGGAAGCAGAGAGAGAAAGCCGCAGUGACGAGAAGGGGCGGGCGAUGGGGCAUUUGUACCGGACGCGUCCAGAGGGGAGCUGA